AUGGCAGGAAUUACAUCAAGAUCAGCGGCAUCCCUCCCCAUCGGCGUCGGUAUCGGCUCUGUCGACGUCUACUCUCCCGCCUUCAGCCGGAGGCUUACCCAGGGUUUCAUACCCAACUUGCUAGUCAGGGGAGAGAAGGGAGCUGGAGAACGAUCGGAAGUGCUCUCCGUCGAGCACAAGGUCAUUCUGGAGGAGAUAGUGGGGAGGGUGACUCAACCGGCGGCUCAAAACCAGAAUGCGAUGCGAAAGGAGCCUGGCCAAACCCCUCCUGUAUAG